GUUGACAGAUGUCGCUCGUUACAUUUUUUUGAAAGUGAGACGUAAAUAAACAAAUCAAGCGCAGCGCGUUAAAUUUGAGUUUUUAAAUUUUCGUUAUUAAACUCGCUAAUAUCCCUUUAAAAAUGGGCAAGAGUUUCGCAGCCAGCGCUGACGAACGUAAGAAGCAAUUUAGGCGCGAUCGGUAAUCUUUGAAAAAUGCGAAGAUGCCGAGGAUAGGUGAGCGUGCUGUGCAACCAAACUGCGGCGUAUUAUAAAAAAAGAUUUUGCAAUGGCAAUGUCCAGUUGGAUGUUGAAGUCGACGAUGCUGGGGCCGCAAAGUCGACGUUUAAGAUUCAGGCCAAGGAAGUGGAACAAGGAGGAAGAUCUAUUUACAUCAUGCUUGAAACAAGAUCCACAUGAAUGUUUUAAAAAUUUGCUCUCCAAACUUUGUGAGUGUGAUGCUGAAGAAGGGGUACUCGUGAACCAGUUGAAUACCCUGGUUAAGCUUUUAGUGCAUUAUGAGGACAAGUUUGAACUAUUAAAUUUUAGCAGAAAUGACAUCUUGACAUGCUUGCGUGUGUCUUUAACUUGUGAAUCUACAUUAGUGCGAUCGGCUGGCUUGAGAAGCAUUAGACAUGCUAUUAAAAGUGAAAGUGAUGUUAUUUCUCUAAAUAAAUUGUUAAUACCUUAUUUCAUAUCAAGAUCAUUUGAUGUAAUAUUGGCCAAUGAUGUAGAACGAAUUGAGGCAGUGAAGCUUAUGAGAGAGAUUUUGAUUUUAUCCCCUUCCCAUUUUCAUAUUUCAAUGGUGAGGAGUUUGGUAGCAUUGGCCAAUGAGGGUACAGAAGGCAAAGAUAGGAUGCUCAGAGUUUGCCUGGCCACUUUGUCAGAGAUAGGAAUAUUAAAUUCGGAUCUAUUCAUUGCAUCAUGUUCAGUUGCCGCGAUAACCAGGAACCUUAUAGAGUGCCAAACUCCAAAAAUCGCCGAAUCUCUUUGCGGCGUCCUCUUGCUACUAUUGGACAAACCUCAGACGAGGCACCGAGCAGGUAUCGAUUUGCACGGCGUCGCCGCUCCGUUCUGCGACUUCGAUUACAAACACGGAUGGAAAGAUAAAACCAAAGACGAACGUGAACUGAGGUUAAACUGCAGCCGACUCGCUCUGCUCACGAUUCUGCGCAGUUGGCCGGGCAUCCUGCACUUUUGCAGUCCCAAAGAUCAAGGCGGCUUUAAAGCGAUCGUCGAUGUACUGUAUCUCAAUCAGUUGGAGGUUCGGAAAGCGGUAUUGGACCUCCUGUACGAUCUCCUGGGUCUCCCGCAGCCCGAAUGGACCGACGAAAUUUGCGUGGCGGUCAGCGCAGUCGAUCCGUGCGAGCCCCAGUCCUCGUGGCGUCUCAAGGAGGGAUUCGUGAGCGCCGAGGCGCGGGCGGUGUUGCCGCAUCUGGCGAGAACCACUCCCUGCACCACCGACAUGCAUUUGGCGCUACUUCUGUACUGUUUCCUGGAGAACGGGCUGCUGGGCGCGUUGACCGAGGUUAUAACUACUGGGGACACAUUUAUCAGCGUCAGGGCGACAGUUCUUUUAGGUGAAUUAUUGAGGCUUACGCAGUUUCUGUUGCCGCCGGGCUGUUGCAAUCUGUCACCCUCCUUGCCGGCCCUGCUGCAGUACGCCACGAAAAGUAAACCCCAAGCUAUGGCAGCUUUCACCGCCUUGCAGCAGCUGCAUAAACUUAUGAAGAAGAGACCCGCAUCUUACAGUCUCCACUUGGACUACAUUAUAAGGAACAAUUACAGUAAGAAGGUUAAACAGAGGCAGGAGCAGGGCAGCCGUCACAGGAGAUUCAGAUCGAAGAUUAGCCAAGUUAAGGCGGUGUUAAGAGAUGGCGAUGAUGUUAUGAAAGAAACUGGAGUACUCUCGAGUAACGACGCCCUCACUUGGAACUGGGGCCUGAUUAAAAUAAUAUUGAAGGGCGAACACAACAAGAAGAUAGAUCUAACCGAUUCAUCGCAUCGUACUUUCAUUAAACGCCUCCUCGAGUUUUUCAAACCUUCGCAAAACAAAUACUCUCACAUGGAUCUCGGUACAACACCGGCAGCUAACUUAGAUAUCACGAUGAGCGGAAUAGAACUAGUUAAUUAUCUGGUCGGUUUGAAAGAUCCGGAAUAUCAGGCUAUGGCGUUGGAUCUGUUCAAUGACAUCCUGGUCAACAUCAAAGCGAUCGGGACCAGUCGGAGCGUUCACGAUUGCCUAUUCAGUCCGCAGCACAUGGUCAACACUCAAUGUCAAAGUUAUUUUUUGUUCAUCGGCCAGUUUGCGAGGAGCGAAGCGGGACUGUUUAUGCUGAACAAUAUAGAGAUGUUUGCCAUCCUCAAAGAACUAGCGACAACUACCAACCACGAUUGUUACGUAAAACUAAUAAUUUCGUCGCUGGACUACAUUAACCCGGGACCAUGUCGAAAUCUACUGGAGGAAGUGCUCACCUGCGGUGUCGAAAGUUCCCGUGUGUACGCUACGCAGUUCUUUUUGGUGCUUUUACGUGCCGGGUGCCCGAAUUUCGCCAGCUGGGCCGUCAAACUACUCGUCAAACAGUUGGAAGACCAGUCGAGGACGGUCCUACUGUCAGCUCUGUCGACCCUUCACGAAGCGUGCGAAUUGCCCGAAUGCCUCGACGUUCUAAUGGACAUUAAUCCGAAUCUUUCGAAAUUAGGAGAAAAAGGCACGCUAUUGAAAACCAGACUGCUGUCGACCGAAAAAGGCUUGAAAAAACUCGGCAAAGCGAAAGCAAUCGAUGAAAUCAAAUCGUGGGAUAGUUAUUUUGGCUAUAGGUACGUUAAAUUGGUGGAAGGAGACAUUUCAGACGCUCUGACCCUACAUCAAAGAAACCAAGACGGCAAGUACGAUAAGAGGGUGCCCGCGGUGAAAAGUUCCAGCAGAAAGGAUAUGUUUUUGCCGCCGCAUUUGUACGGCCAGCUGAACCACCACGCAGAAGGUUUCCAGCUGCUGAUAUCCACCGGUUCUAUAGGCUUUGUAAUAGAGCAAAUAAAACAGGGCAGGUGCGAUAAAGACGAGGAAAUUCUAAAGUUGAAGUCGGCUCUUUGGACGGUCGGCCACAUGAGUACUUCCAACAGAGGUCUCAAUUAUCUCAGUUCCUUCAGCGUCGUCGAAAAAAUGAUCGAUUUGGCUACAAAUUCGCCAGUUUACUCGAUUCGCAGCACGGCAUUCUACGCUCUCGGAUUGGUCGCUACUACAUCGCUGGGGGCGGACGAGUUGUGCCUGAACGGUUGGCUGGCGACGAGGCACGACAGGCACGACUAUUGGCCCGUCAUCCAAGAAGAAUUGCAAGACACAAUUUAUUUGAAUCACUUCACUACGACGAUGUCGGAAGAGCCGGAUUUUUCGGAGAAUCCGUUUAUUGGUGAUUACGAGCACCCCGACGACGAUGACAUCACCAGCGACGGCGAGGACAAGAUCGAGUUUCUGACAUCGCCGACGGUAUCGCCCGAUAUCCGCAAGGUGAAGCAGUGGACGCUACCCGCAAACAGAACGCCGCCCGAGAUCGUCCACAAACGGUCACUCUCCGAAUCGAAAACUUUCGACACGAGCAACGGGUUCGAGGACAUGAAGUAUGGCCCGUACGUCAUCAUAAGGCAACGGAAUAGUUCCAUGACUGAAUCGACUACUUCUGGUGUUAGUUCCUGCGAUUCCCUGCAAAAUAGACAAUUGGCGGGGGUCAACUAUUUGCAAACGCUGAGUCCUAUUCCUAGUUCGACAAGUCUGAGUACGCUGAAGCUGCCACCAAACGUCAAGAGGCGUUCCCAUCGGGUUUCGUCCAAUAGUGCCGGUUCGGACGCGUCGUCGUCAUCCUUAACGGGCAGUACUUCCAACGAGUUGAGUAUACAAAACAUGCUGGGCUAUCAAACGAUACGAAUUAUCAGGCGGAGGGACUCGUUGAACUUCCGCAGAACGGAGAAGGACGAGUAUCUGUUUAGACCUCCACCGCAGACGAGUAGAAGAUCUCUGACGGUAGACAGCAUCUACUGGCAGAACCAAUCGUCGGCGCCGUAUUCUAUUUUCGCCACCCAAAAGGUGGAACCGACGGGCACGUCCAAACACAAGGACAAAAUUUACAUGGGCAUAUGUCUUCCGCGUCUACUGGAAGCCAUUUUCCCGGAGGACGCGAGUAGGGAAUCGCGUUCGGACCUGGAGGGGAGCACCCAAAAACUGGUAUCGGACCAAGACGCCAAAAGUCUAGUCGGCAAGUGGUCGCACUCGAAAGACAACUGUUUGGGUUGCAGCCAUUUCGUACUGAGUCCGGAUGUUUCCUAUUUUCAAGGAGACCAAGCCAAAAUCGAUAUCCUGACUAUUUGCGAACGGUUGGCGAAUCCCGUGAUGAGCAAACAGUUCAAAACCCAGCUGCUCCGAUUGAAACAGAAGGAGCCGAGAGCGUUCAAGGACGUUUGCGUUUAUUCGGAGGUAUGCACGAUGUUUUCGGAGAACUCCUACACGCUGCUCACGCGCAGAAUAGUCCACGAACUGUUCUUCGAUACCGCGUACGACAGACUGUACGACGCGCCCAGGAAACUGCUCGGCGUGUCGUCGAAAUCGAAUGAGAUCGGCAGACGAAGCACGAUAAAUAUUACGAGCCCUACCGAGUUUAAGACCCUCGAUUCGUUGAAGCUUAUUUCCGCGGAGAAUAAAUUCCCCAUAAGGACCAGGAAGAACACCAAUUGAUGUUCCUUUAGUUUAACGCGUUGUUUUUUUUUUUUUUUUCGUUUUGUAUGUACUAAUCGCAAAGUGAAAGGUGAGAAUUUACACUUGGCUUUGAAGGAUUUCUUUUUUUUUAUAUAUAACGUCGCACCACUCCAUCAUCGGGAGGUGUUUUUGAGGUCGAGUUUCGUUGGGAGCUAGAGAGCGGGAUCGCGGGUGCCUAGUCAAUAUUUUGAAGGUGCGACGCUAUUUACUACCGACUAGUAAAAGGACCUUUACCGGGUCAGUAUUCUGCCAAUUAUGUGUUCAAAUUUUAUACUACGAUCUGUUGCCGAUUUAAACGAUACACGUUCGAAUAUAAUAUAUUUUGUAAUAUUAGAUGUUUGUGUUUCUCAUCUUUUCACUUAUUACGUUGCGCGCGCGCGCGCGUGUAAAAUUUAAGAAAAAAUUAUAUCGUUAAAUCUUGUACUCCAAUUGUAUUUAACUUGACUGUACGGUUUUCGACUUUUCCUCUUUUUUUUCCUAUAUAUAUUUUUUUCUUUGUCGUUUAAACAUGUUCCAACUAUUUAUUUAUAAUAAAAUUAUAUCUUCUUU